GAAAUCUUCGACGGUUCACUAGUCGUUUGAAUAAAAUUUUUUUUAGUUUUUUUCUACCGCUCAGUAAAAAAUGAACAUAAAAAUAAACAAUAACGUGUGGCAAAAAAUUUUGAUGUACGUGCCGGCACUAAAAUUACUAAAAAUCCGUGAGGUCAGUAAGGAAUUGAAUGAUCAAGUUGAAACAGUUAUUAAAAAUUACGAUAUUUGGAAAAUGAUUUGCUCGGAUGACAAAAUCGCGCCGUGGGUACAUAAAAUAGUAGAAUUAAUUGGCGCGUAUCAAUUGAUACCAUCAAUUGAAGAAAUAGAAGCCGACAUGUGGAAAAAAAUAUUUUAUUCAUUCAAAAAAUGGCGGUUUUGUGUCAAUUAUAAUUAUGAGAUAGGGGAAUUUUUGAUUAUUGAAUCGAGUGAUGAAAGAAUCGUUUCCUGUGAUGUUUAUGGUCAUCAUUUAGCUAUAGGUACUUCUCUGGGAAAAGUGAAUAUCUUUCAUAUAACAUCAGAUGAACUCGAACUGAUAUCUGAUUUCAGACAUUAUCCGAUAGCAAUAAAAGACCUGGAAUUUUGGCACACAGGUGAUUCAUUACUUCUUGUAAUUAUUCAUGAUAAUAAUAAUGCAAUUUUUUGGAACGUUGAUAAAAAUGAUCAAUUUUUUUUAUCCGAUUCAACAAAUUCAAAAUUUUCUAUGGUCAGACGAGGAACCAGGCACCAGAUUAUUUUAAAUGACUCAAAUAAAUUUCAAAGAUCAAAAACGGAAGGUGAUAAGACAUUAUCAAGAGUGUUUAGAAUUAAUGUACUCGACGAAGAAAACAAUUCGCUUUCUGUUGAAGAUUUCUGUGACGCAAAUAAUCAAAUAACAAUUCUCGCAUUAUCUGGAGAUAAAAUAAUUAUAGAGACAUUCCCUGGAAACAGUAAACAAGAAUUUUAUUUAAAAAAAAAACUAGAUACAAGUCAAGUGAUAAAAUACAUACCGAUAACAAAUUUAGUGUUCGUUAUUGACGACACAAUUUUGUAUACAUCAACAAUAAAUGACUCAAACCAAUGGGAAACUAAGGAGCACAUUUUAACAGAGUCAUUUAAAAAAAAAAUAUCGUCCAUUGUAAUGCACUCAAAUGUAAUUUUCUUCGGUACAAAAAACGGAAAAAUUUAUAUCUUCUCAACACUCAGUAUCCAACAGUUACAGAAAUGUCAAUUAUGUUACUUGCCCUACAAAAAAUUAAACAUCGACAGUAAUCCGAUAAUAAAAUUAAACAUAACAGAAAUAAACGAUAAAAUUUUAAUUGUCGCAGUUACCGCGACCAAAAUAUUUACAAUUGAUUGGCAUAAUUAAUUAAUUAAAAGAAAAAUAAUUUGAAAUUUCCAAUAAAAAAAAAAAAAAAAAAAAAAAAGUAGUAAUUAUUUGUCAGUUGUCUGGUGUCUGGUCUUGCUGAUGCUUAAGAAAAAAAUUAAAAGAUAGCGCGUGCCCCGAGUCGCCAGUGGAUCAGCAGAUGAGGAAAUUAAUCGAUCGCGGGGAAUUUUUUUUUUUUUUUUGGUGGUGGUUAAUGUUUUAUGUAGUUUGAGUGCGUGAGAAUGUGAGAAUACUCGUCGAUAAGUGUAUGUAUUUAUGUAGGGGGAAGGGGGAGGAGAAGGAUAUGUGAAGAAAUGGAAGAGUUAAUAAAAGAAGAGAAUGAAGAAAAGGGACGAUCGACCACCGGUGAGACCACCGGUGAUGCUUUUGGGAGAUGCUACUUGAUUUACUUUGUUUUUAAACUUACCUGUACUUUAUAUACACCAAUAAUUUAUAUAUAUAUAUUUAUUAGGGUGUAUUGAGUACGAGUCAAUGUGACUUUUUUUAUUGUGAUGCCAAGAUUUUUAUAAUUUUUUUAGUGGUGUGCAAAGAUGUGGUCACUAGACUUUUAAAUUUAGAGGUGUUCCAUGUAAUUUAAAAAUUUUUAGAAUAUUUUAGGCCAUAGAUCGUUAAUUAAUGAUUUUAAUUACAUAG